GAAGUGCUGUUUAUUCCGCAUUAGUUCACAGUCACUACGGGCGUGGCAGCGCCAAACCUACGUUUCUGAGGUUUUUGUCGGAUUACGUAUGGAUUAUGUUACUAAACCUUUGAUGCGAGAGGACAAGCAAUUGAAGACAACAGUUGUGUAGCAGAGUUCCGCACUGGGGCUUUCUACAUUUUGACUGAUCACUGCGCGCCUCGGCUUUUGAUUCGAUGCAGUCAAGCUGCUGCGUACGUCAGUGCUUGAGUCCGUUUCACCCCAACAUUUGUGUGAUAAUUUAAGCAGGCGCUCUUAAAUAUCUGCAUGUGGAUGUCGCUGGUUUCGUGUUAUGUAGGCAGGAAGCGCCUAUAUUGAUUUUUUUUCUGAAAUUGCCUUACGGCAACUUUUAGACUGCUAUUGUCAAAGAACUCAGAUCAUUGCCUUCUGUGUGGAUUUGUAAUGACAGUCGAUUGAUGGAGCAUCAUAGUAACUGACAUUUUCCAAGUGAAACUUUUUAAUUGGUCAUAUUUUGCGCAAUUUCUACUUCAGUCGUCGUCUACGCAUUCCUCACAGUCUUCUGUUGUGUUCAGUAAAUCGCCGAAUACCGCGCUCGAGUGGGUCAAUCUCAGGCUUUCUUAGACACCGUUUGUUUUGAAUUCGGGAAAGCGCUAGUUGGAAGCGCGCUCGUUUUCGGAACCAUGGGGUGUACGGUGAGUGCAGAGGACAAGGCGGCUGCAGAAAGAUCGAAAAUGAUUGACAAAAAUCUCCGCGAAGACGGAGAGAAGGCGGCGAGGGAGGUGAAACUACUCCUACUUGGUGCGGGCGAGUCCGGGAAGAGCACCAUAGUGAAGCAGAUGAAAAUCAUCCACGAGGACGGCUACUCGGAAGACGAGUGCAAGCAGUACCGAGCCGUGGUGUACAGCAACACCAUCCAGUCCAUCAUGGCCAUCAUCAAAGCCAUGGGCAACCUGAAGAUCGACUAUAGCGACACAGCGAGAACGGAUGACGCACGGCAGCUCUUUGCGCUGUCUGCUGCAGCAGAGGAGCAAGGAAUCCUCCCAGAAGACUUGGCCAACGUGAUCCGCAGACUGUGGGCUGACAGUGGGGUACAGAGCUGCUUCAACCGCUCCCGAGAGUACCAGCUCAACGAUUCUGCUGCCUAUUAUCUGAAUGAUCUGGAGAGGAUAGCACGGGCAGACUACAUUCCCACCCAGCAGGAUGUGCUGAGGACAAGAGUGAAAACCACUGGCAUCGUUGAGACACACUUCACUUUUAAGGACCUCCACUUUAAGAUGUUUGAUGUUGGAGGGCAGAGGUCAGAGAGGAAGAAGUGGAUCCACUGCUUCGAGGGUGUGACAGCAAUCAUUUUCUGUGUGGCACUGAGUGCCUAUGACCUAGUGCUUGCUGAGGAUGAGGAGAUGAACCGCAUGCAUGAGAGUAUGAAGCUCUUUGACUCUAUCUGCAACAAUAAAUGGUUCACAGAGACCUCCAUCAUCCUCUUCCUAAAUAAGAAGGACCUGUUUGAAGAGAAGAUCACGCGUAGCCCUCUCAGCAUCUGCUUCCCUGAGUAUUCUGGAGCCAACAAAUAUGACGAAGCUGCGAGCUAUAUCCAGACAAAGUUCGAGGAUCUUAACAAGAAGAAGGACACCAAGGAGAUCUACACCCAUUUCACCUGCGCCACCGACACAAAGAAUGUGCAGUUCGUGUUUGAUGCUGUCACCGACGUCAUCAUCAAAAACAACCUAAAGGACUGUGGGCUUUUCUAGUUGCAUUGCCAAGGAAGAUGCCAAGGGAAGCCCUCAGCUGUGUGGUGCACGUGCACUGCUGAGCACAAUGCCAGACUGCCUACAACCAACUAGGGAAAGCCAGAAUUUUUAGGCGAUACCAUGGGAACUACAACAAUGACGGAGAAAAAAAAAACAUUGCAGAAUCCCAACAGUCACUGAAUUGCAAAACACCUUCUCCUGCACCUACUUUUUAUUAUUAUGUUUUGUAAAUAUUCUCAUUUUAAGAAGUUAUUUUGAUCAGAUUAAAGUGACAGUGAUUUUCUGAUGUUUCUCUUGCCCCUUGCCCUUUGAUUUUAAGUACAGUAGGGCAAAAGCAGUGUGGGGGGAUCUUUGAUAUAUAUAAACUGAUUUUGCUUUUCUUUAACAGAUACGCAAACUUUAAACUUAACUGCCUAAUGCUUCUUUUGUAAAGCUACAUGAGCACAGACCGAGAUCAGUACAUUUGCUUUGUUUGUGUUGUUUUGUUGUUGAUGUUGUUGUUGAUGUUGUUGUUGUUUUUAUUACUUUAUAUGUGGAAUGCCACAUUCCUAGCUCAUGUGUACUGCAUGAUGGACCACAUAAAAGAAGAAAAGACAGAAAGAAAAGAAAAAAACAGCUUGCUUGGGUUCAGCCACUGCCCAACACAGCCUCAGCAGUUUGGCCGACGCGUUUAACAUUCCGAACUAGCUUCACUUUGAUAAACACUGUACGAUUGUGACUAAGAUGUAAGAUGCAAGUAUCCGUCUGCACUGUCCUUUCCUUUUGUGCUCCCGGCCCCGUCUCUUUCACUCUUUGUCUUGUGCCUUGACUUCUGUUUUUUCACGUUGUCUGUAGAGUUUAGAGCAGAUUCAGUUCACAGUAACAAAUGAAUUUAAAAGCCAGGAUUGUGGUUUUAGGAAGGGAUCAGGAGACAUGGUGGAUGUUUGAUGGAAAUGCUGUGAAGAGUUUUAUUGGAAAUAAAAGUUGAUUCAUGAGCGUGAA